AAAAACAGAGGAGUAGGCGCGUGGAUGUAGUAAAAAGGACGGGGGUGCAAAUUCCUAAUUCCUAUAAAUAUGAUGUGAAGGCAGCAGAUGAUAAAAAACAACACUUCAUUUUUAUUUAAUUUCAUCGAUCCAUCAUUCAUUCAUUCGUUAAUCGCAAAUGGCUCUCGAGGUUUGUGUCAAGGCUGCUGUUGGUGCUCCAAAUGUUCUUGGAGACUGUCCAUUUUCUCAAAGGGUCCUCUUAACUUUGGAAGAGAAGAAGAUCCAAUUCAACACUCACCUAAUUGAUGUCAGUAACAAACCCCAAUGGUUUUUAGAAGUCUAUCCUGACGGGAAGGUUCCAGUUCUCAAGAUUGAUGAUAAAUGGGUUCCCGAUUCUGAUGUUAUUAUUGCCAUUCUCGAAGACAAAUACCCACAACCCCCUCUCGCUACUCCUCCUCAAUUUUCCUCAGUGGGAUCAAAGAUAUUUGGCUCAUUCGUCAGCUUUCUGAAGAGCAAGGAUGCAAAUGAUGGAACAGAGCAAGCAUUGGUGGCUGAACUCAAUGCUUUAGAGGAACAUCUUAAGGCUCAUGGUCCUUAUGUUGCUGGGGAGAAUAUCACUGCUGUUGAUUUGAGUUUGGCACCAAAACUAUACCAUCUUGUGGUAGCACUUGGCCAUUUCAAAAAUUGGACUAUUUCUGAGAGUUUGACUCAUGUCCACAACUACAUCAAGUUGCUCUUCUCUCGUGAAUCGUUUGAGAAAACCAAGGCUGCAGAGGAAUAUGUCAUCGCUGGAUGGGCACCAAAGGUCAAUGCAUGAAGUAGCUCGAAAUUAUGAGUUUAAUGAACACCUGACGUGUACUGUGAUUUGAACAUUGUUACGAAAUAAGAAUAGGAUGAUGUAAUUUAGCAUUUUGAAGGGUUGAUGUGUGCAGUUUCUCUUAGAUAUAAUAAUUGUGUUGUUUGUUGGUGUGUUUUGUUAAUCCACUGGCUGGCUUGAAUGUGUUCAAAACCUUAUGUUCUGUUUAUUUUUCAUGUUUCUUCUUUUUAUUUUCA